AUGCGUUGCGCACCACGCGGUUUGCGCGAUUCUGAAGGAGGCACAGAGAACAAUACUCGUCUCGGUAGACGUAUGAAUGACUCCGAGUCACCAGUAGCCACAAUGUGCAACACCACAGUCAACGCACCUGUACAAACGCUCAAAAGCAAACGACCAGAAGAACGUGUUACGUGGUCCACGCUGCGAGGAGACUUUGCAAUUACGCAGUUAGAACCUGUGCCUCAAGAAGCGAGCACUUCCAAGAACAGCGGAAUUCUGCCCGAUCGUGAGAGCGACAAGUCUGUGCAUCACGCGUUUCUGAUCAGCCCACACAUAAAGCAGACAAUAUUGGGGGAAGAUUUUCUAAUGGGCACAGAUUCUGUGGUUGAUCUAAAGCAGGGAAAGUUGGUGACAGGGUAUUGCGCAAUCGAGCUUGAAGGUUAUCCAAGCACUGUCCUAAGUGAGCUGCAUGUCCGAAAGCUUCCGUCUUUUAACGUACCGUCAGUACAGUCCGUGGUCAAGGAAUAUUCUGAACUGUUCACAGGCGAUUAG